AUUAUUGCUUGUGGUGCCGGAAUGUCCCUGUCUGAUGUCAGAAAUCAAGCCAGAAAAAUAAAGCAGAUAAACCUUUUGAGAAGUGAGAUGGACUAACUGACUUCUGGAGGCAGAGCAGACCAGGAAAAUGAGUCAGCCUUUCCUUGGUGAAAUGUUCACCAGAUCCUCUGGAAUGAGGUAGGUAAUUAAUGUGCUUUGCAAAUGUCAUUUGAUAUUUAGGAUGCUUGUCCUUCUUGUUCUCAUAAUCCACAAUCAAAAACCACAAGAACAGAACCUCCAGGUCUGUCCCUGCCUCCUGGAGCAUGAAACAUCAGAGGAGGUGGUUCAAGAGAGAGAUCAAAAGAGGAAACAGCCCUGAGAGCAAUUUCUUGCCUAUCUAGUGGUCAUGCAACUAAGCAAGAAGCCUGCCUCCUCUGCUCAACAUGCCCCUGGCCAGACUCUCGUGGAACAACAACUUUGCUCAAGGCUAGCUGUGACCUCAGGAUGACUACAGAGAGGCUCACAUUUUGCAGGGAGCUCAUUCAGGCCUCACCAAAGCAGUACAUUAGAGGAGGUCAAAUGGCUGCCUUUCCCUGCAUGACCACGUUUUUCCUGGUAUCCUCCACUUUGGCACAUAUUGCUUUUGCAGGUAUAGUCAAACCGCGUGACCGCUCUAGAUGGCCUAAGCCCAAUUGUAAAAUGUACUACCCAGUGGAUCCUUCUUAUGACUCAACCUGUCCUGAUGUAACAGCAUAUGUUUGUGCUACAAAUGGCCAGACUUACCAGAAUGAGUGUUUUCUUUGUCUUGCUCAGUGGGAAUUGGGUCAUCGUAUUAAAUUUGAUAAACAUGGAAAGUGUUACUAAUGGGUAACAGAGUACUAUACUUUUUUAUUCUCUUUACUAAUUCUGAAAAUUAUUUCUUUUGGAAUCUGAGGGUGUAAUAAAUAACAUACCUCUAAGCUGUACCCAAAUCUGGAACAAAUGAUAAACAAACAAAAGAAAACGAAUGGACAGCUGAAUGUUACAUUUAUCACAAACACAAUAAUA